CCCUCCUUGUUCCGCUGUCCGAAAUGCCCGCCCACUGAGACGCCUCAUCUCCAGCCCAUUCUGAUCCUGCCUUUGCUUGACCGCCGAGCAUUGACAGCAAACGUAUAUCUGACGCCAGCCCCCCGCGUACAGCUUGCUUUUGCAAACCCUGGGACACCACAACCCUAACACACCGGCUACCCGAGUACCAGAGUAGCAUCCGCCCGCCAUGGCCGGAAUGGAGAACAUCGAGGUCCAUAGCAAGUCUUACCUUGUAAGAUGGGUCAAUGUUUCCUCGGGCCACACCAUAUCAUGGAGUGUCCAGCCACACAAAAAGUCUCUCAAUUUCGGCAUCUUCAAGCACCCCGGAAACGCGACGGGCUCAGCUGCCCACCUGCCUUCCACGGCCACCUUCGAGGCCGGACCAGGCACCCCCUCCCUCGAGCCACCCGUAACACGCGGGCGCGGAGCCUCGACGUCAAGAAACGACCGAACUGUCGUCCUGGAAAAGCUGUCAGCAAUCGGUCUGAAACAGGUACACUGGCAUGGCAAAUGUGAGGCCGACACCGUCUCCAUGGGCACUUAUGACAUACCCCCCGGCGAGGGUGGUAUGUAUGGCCUUGUCUUUGACAAUACCUUUUCCAAGACAGUGUCUAAGACGGCCACAUUUGUUCUCAUGACAUAUCCAACCAAUGCCGCUCCAAAAUCGGGUCACCACAUGCACUACGCCCAGGCAAUGGCUGGAGCAAGCACAACUAGUCUCCCCAAGUCAUCACCUUCUAUCAACCCUGCCGAAUCAUCUGAGUCUUUAGCUCAAACAUCUGGAGACCGACCAAAGUCACAAUACGGCCAGAAACCGGGCAGUCUAUCUGGCUCGUCUUUUCUCACUGGCGUAUUGCAGAAGAAGCGGAGGAAGAGGAAUCAGGGCUAUGCGAGACGCUUCUUUUCUUUGGACCUCACCUCGUCAACGCUGUCGUAUUACCGCAACGACCAUUCCUCCGCUCUACGCGGCGCCAUCCCGCUGUCGCUAGCCGCCAUCGGCGCAAACGAGGAAACAAGGGAAAUCUCUGUAGAUUCAGGAGCGGAGAUUUGGCAGCUGCGCGCCCUCAAUGAAAAGGAUUUUCAGAUGUGGAAAACUGCGCUUGACCGUGCAUCAAGAACAGCAGCAGACAGGGGAGCAGUGGCUUCGCCUACCCUACAAAUACAAGAGGGAACAUUUCAGGGCUUCCCGCAAGCCUCAAGUGCGAUCGAAGAGACUGAAUGGGCUAGGGUUGAGGCAUUGAUGGGGCGAGUUUCUGGUACAAGAGACGCGGUGCGAAGGUUAGUCCAGCAAACCGAGCCCAAGUCCGCUACAAAAACAAACGAAACUGAAUCACCUGCACCAUCCGAAACGGAACCCAGCGACUACUUCCCGGAACAAAAGGCACCCCAAAAAACUUCCUUUUGGAAGCGCAAGCCAAGUAGUUCGGCUGCACAGAGCCCUUCAGGGCUGUCCAACAAAAGUGGCCCAUCCGCAAACAUCUCAGCAAAUGGCACGCUCGCAGUGCCAUCCCAGAAUGGCCAAGGUACAAGUUCUCCAAUGGAAGAACUUCUUCAUGGUAACUGCAUGGCUCUCUUGAAAGACUUGGAUUCCGUCGUCGCAGACUUCGCCAAUCUCAUUAGCGAAAGCAAGCAACGUCGAGCGUUAGCAAAACCACCACCACUCUCUGCUGUGCCAUCACGCAACAGCUUUGAAUCAACUGUAGAAUCUGUUGACGAGUUCUUCGAUGCUACCGAUGGCGACGGCGGCAAGUCGCAACUGCUUACUAUUCGGCGUGAUAGUGGCGACAAUGAACACGAGCGUGGACAUACUCCAAACGAGGACUCAGACGGAGAAUCGGAGUCGUCUUCUGAAAACGGAAGCGAGGAAACAAGAGAUCGUCCACGAAUGUCGCUUGAAAUGACACCAGCACUUUUCCCUACAAAGCCCGAAUCUCUAAAGCCUCUACCUCUCGACCCAGUUGACCGUCGAGCCACUGUUCCUGCGCCUAAAGUUCAACCCCCAAGUCUGAUUGCAUUCUUCAGAAAGAAUGUUGGCAAAGAUUUGUCAACCAUUGCCAUGCCGGUGUCUGCUAACGAGCCCACUUCAGCAUUGCAACGACUCGCCGAACAGCUCGAGUACAGCGAGCUACUAGAUGCCGCUGUGGCAGCUCCCUCGGAAACGGGCGAGCGUCUCAUCUACAUGGCCGCUUUUGCAAUCUCAGCCUUCAGCAACACCCGUGUCAAGGAUCGCGCAAUCCGGAAACCGUUCAACCCUAUGCUUGGUGAAACGUACGAACUCGUUCGCGAAGACAAGGGCUUCCGUUUCUUUGCAGAAAAGGUCGUUCACCGUCCUGUACGCAUGGCCUGCCAAGCCGAGGCACAAGAAUGGACGUUUAUUCAAUCCUCUACCCCAAUGCAGAAGUUCUGGGGCAAGAGCGCUGAGAUCAACACCGAUGGUCGUGUUCGCAUCUUCUUACAUGCUUCCGGUGAGCACUACUCCUGGACCCUGGCAACAUCCUAUCUGCGCAACGUCAUUGCGGGUGAAAAGUAUCUUGAGCCCUCUGGCACAAUGACUAUUAUCUCGGAAACUACGGGCGCAAAAGCUGUAUGCACAUUCAAAGCUGGCGGCAUGUUUGCUGGCCGCUCAGAAGAGGUCUUGGUUCAAGCAUUCGAUAACGCUGGCUCCAUCCUCCCAAGUGGUGCAACCGGCAAAUGGACAACCGACCUUCAGUUGACAUCCAAUGGACAGCCAAUUGGCAAGACUAUCUGGAAAGUAGGUAGCUUGGUUGAUAAAGCCGAGAAACACUACGGCCUCACCACUUUUGCCGCCGCCCUCAAUCAGGUCACAGCUAUCGAAGAAGGCCACAUUCCACCCACCGACUCGCGACUCCGGCCCGAUCAGCGUGCCCUUGAAGACGGCGAUGUAGACAAAGCCGAAGCGCUGAAAGCGCGUCUUGAAGAGCGCCAGAGAGCUAGAAGAAAGGUCCUGGAAGAACAUGGUCAAGAGUGGAAGCCGCGCUGGUUCAGCAAGGUUGGAGCCGCCGAGGCAGCAGCGUUGGAUGGUGAGGAAAUUUGGAGGCUCAAGGGCGGCAAGGAUGGGUACUGGGAGUGCAGGGAACGUGGCGAGUGGGGGGAUCUGACUGAAGUCUUUGAGACUUGA